AUGACUCUGUUUCUGCUGCCGUUCCUGCUGCUAUUUCUAUUGCUACCGCUGCUGGCUCGGCUUCAACAUCAGAAGGGCCGCAAGAAGCAGCUACAUCAGGGGGAGGUGCUCCAACGACGGCAUCCUAGUUGUCAGGACUCGGGUAGAGAGGUUUUCGCAGAGGCAGUUGAGUCCCCAUCCAGUCUCCCCCACGGAAGUGAUGCUGGGCAGCUGUUUUCAGCGGCAUCAGAUGCGCCGUGUGGCUCCCUCGUACCUACAGGAGCAGCAGCAUUAGCAAGGCCAACGCCAACAGCAGCAGAAGCUGGAAGAGCGGCAGCGGAAGGUUUCGCCUCUCCCCCGGGUGAGCAAGACCCCGUCAACUCCCCGUCUUGCAUAAAACUCGGGCCCCGCACGCUGGGUUCGGUAGGGUCAGUUAAGCAGCAACAACGGGGAAAAGGGCCCGCAGCCGGUUCAAACGAGGCAGACUCCCCUACAGCUGCCGCCAUAACAGCUACGGAGAACCCCCUGGGUACUGCAGUUCAACACCUCUGUGGCUCCGUGGGUUCAGCGCUUGCAACUGCAGUUCCCGCUGCAGGUGCAUAUAGUAAGGGAGACCCCAGCAACUCCAGCAGGGCAACAUCAGGGACUGCAGCUGCAGCAGCGCAGCAGCAAAACAGUCAUAGAAGCGCAAACCCUUUUAAAGCUCCUGUUGCAGGGGAUACAUACCAACUCCUUCCCUUCGAGACACCACAGCCAGGCCCUCAUCCCGAUACAACUCAUUUUGACGCGAGCAGCACAACCGCUGCAACAGUGGCAACAGCAACUCCAGCGAUGCCAGACUCAGCUGCAACAGGAGCAAAGUGUGUAACAGCAACAGCAGCAGAAGCAGCUGGUGAUUCAGCAAUACCGGGACCUUCGGCUGCCUCUCUCCUCAACGUCCCAGCCAUCCGGUCGUACGCAGCGUCCGUGUUUGCAGAUCGCGCCGCAGUGUUGCAAGAAGUUGAGCUGCUGCAGCAGGACAUGCGUUCCGCUGCGUCUGCAUUUAGGUCUGCUGCAGAUGAGCUGCUUUCUGCAGCAGCGGAGACGCGAGAAGCCCUCUCAGCGCUGCUAGACGAGCAGCAGGAACUGACAGCUGUGCAUACACGAGCCUUUGCUGCAGUUGCUACUGCGGCUCCAGCGCCGCCCAUCGCGUACUCUCGCUUUGCUCCGCAGCAGCUGCGUGCUCUUGCUGCUGAACAGGAAGCAGCAAUGGAGGAGCUGCAGCAGCUCGAGCAGCAGCAGAGGGCCCUUACGAAGGAACAACGGCAGGCAUGGACAAAGCACUGCCGCCAGCAGCUGCAGCUCUUGUGCACUUGUUUAAGAGGUCGGCUACGGCUGCGGCAGUACCACGAGCAGGGCCUGGCCUGCAGCGGCAAAGCGCAGCGCGUCAAUGCGGCGUUGCUGCAGUUGCGACGGCUCUAUGCAUGUCCUGAUGCCUUUGCUGCAGCAGCACGAGAGACUGUCCGCCGCCUUGUUUUUGCUGCAUCUUUCCGGAAGGCUGCAGAGACAGCUCGCGCCGUUCUGCAGCGCAUGCAGCAGCAGGAACAGCAGCAACGGCUGCACUUCUUGGAAAGUGCUGCUGUAUCACUGCCUGCUGCUGUCUUCUGGCCCCUGCUGCAGGUUGCCCCUCAGGAAGCUCACGUGACGCUUCCAGAGACAGAGGAACCCCUCACCUCUAUUAUAGGCCCUGCAGCGCUUGCAGCCACCAUCGAGGAGGCACAGCAGCAGAAGCAGGGAGUAGAGCAGGACCAGCAGCAGCGGCAGCAACAAGAAGACCGCAUGCUGCUGCGGGCCCUUCUCCGCUCCGAGCUUGCACGAACGGCAGCAGCAGCAGCCACAGCGGCAACAGCAGCAACACCGAAGACGGGCACAGCAGCAGCAGCUCCCUCUGCGCCGAACAAACGAGCAUCCACUUCUGGGUCGAUCGGCGGGCCCUCAAAUCAUCCUGUACUGCGGUGA